UAAGGGACACAACCCAAGGGACACACACCUAGGAAACGAGCACUUGAUAUUGCUCUGUGCCAUUACUUUCUGACUACUCCAUUUUGAGAUUGUACAUCUUCUUUUGAGGCAAUAGACAUUUUGACGUGACCUUGACAACAAUUUUGUGCAAUCCGUAUUUAUGAUCCUCGACGUUUUAAACCUUCGUCUGGGCAUUUACCCCAGUGUGCAGUAGCGUCUCACGGAUCUCCUGACCUUAUCUCCUGGGUGAAAAAUCACCCAAAGUAGCGGUAGCGCGUUACGAGACCAGACCCAGCUUGGAGCGACCGACGCGUGUGGCGAUGGAGGAACGACCAGAGGUGCCCUUGUGGGCGGACCUGCCGUCGUGUUUCCGCCUCACCCCAGCGGCGUGCUACAGCGAUGUGCCGGCACCAGCUGAGGCGGCGGAGGGCCGUCAGUUGCAGGGCAGGUGUGCGGGGGAGGGCGGGCCCUCGUCCGCCGAUCGCCAGGAGCGCCGCGGCGGCGGGACGUCCAGGCCGUUCAGAUCUACGAAGGGAGCCUCCAAGCAGCGGCGGGACCUGAUCAAUGCCGAGAUCAGCCUCCUGCGCGGGCACCUCCCCCUGGCCGAGCCUGUCCGCGCCCGCCUGUCCUACCUGCAGGUCAUGUCACUCACAUGUGUCUACAUGCGCAAGUGCAACUUCUUCUCCAGAGAAGUCCUGGAGAGCCAGUCAUUGUUGCCAGGGCAAGCAGAAGUGGCGCACGCUGCGCUGCAGGGUCUGCACGGUUUCCUCCUGGUCACCACGCGGGAAGGGAAGAUGCUGUACAUCUCGGAGAACGUCACCGAGCAUCUCGGACACUCCAUGGUUGACUUGCUCAGUCAGGGUGACUCUGUUUAUGACAUCAUUGACCCAGCAGAUCACGUGACUGUCCAGAACAACAUUCUGCAGACACCCUUCACCACUACAGGUCCUACAGUGACGACAACAGAACGUUCUUUCUUCUGUCGUAUGAAGACUUCAAGGACCAUGCGCCGCCAGACUAACUAUGGGGACAACAAGAUCGUACAUGUUCGAGGGCACUUCCAGGUGUCACCAGCAGGAUGGAUCCCAAACCCCAUCUUUGUGUCCAUCUGCCUGCCCAUUGAUGUGCCCUCAAGCUUUGGUGACUUUCCUACAACAUUCAACACCAACACCUUUCACUCUGUACAUGGACUGGAUAUGAAGUUCAAGGAAGUUUCUGACAGUCUCCAGUUCCUGCUGGGGUUUGAAGGAACAGCACUCACAGGACAGUCCUGGUACAGCAUGCUGCACCCAGACUUCCUGCAGCUGGCAGGACAGCAGCACAAGCAUUUAUUGGAUCAGAGUCGAGACAGUGAGACCAUGUUUGUUGCUCGCAUGAACACCGUGGGAGGGGGGUGGGCCUGGGUGCAUGUCCUGAUGCAGUUGCAAGCCCUGGAUGUCAACUCUGAAGAGCUUUCCAUCAUCUGCAUGAACACUGUGAUCAGUGAAGAUGAAGUGUCACUCUAUGAGGCACAAUGUCGCUCGUUCUCCCAGUUCACAUCCUCCCUCCAGCACCAGGAAGACCCUUUGCAGACCCUCCACCCUCUCAAGGUUCCACCUGCCUCCCCAUCAGAGCCCAGCCCGUCAUGGUACAGCCAGCCCCCCUACAGCAGCCACAGUCUCAGCUCAGAGUUCAGUUUCGAGUCCCCAGAUGACAUUUCUGCUAUCUCCAGCCUGGGGUUUGACUACCCGGACCCCACCCAGCCCACCACCAUGGCCAGCGGCUUCCCCAGUAUGGAGCAGCGGGAUGUGACACCACGUUCACUCAAGCGCCAGCUGUCGGAGGAGCUACCUCUGAAACAUGAGCCCAAGUCUCCGAGGAUGUGCCAGUACGGUGACACCACCAAGCAAAAGCAGCAUCCUGGCCCCACCACUACCACCACCACCAUGGAGUUCCUGAUGGGCAUCCUCCCGACCCCUACUGAACACCAGGCAACCUCCCCGUCCUUCCAGAGAGGAUUCGCCUGGUCGUCUCCCACCAUCCCAUCCUUUGCCUCCCUAAUGGCUUCCCACACCAGCCCACCUGCUCUCAAUCUCCUGGAGUCAACCACCCCUUUCUUGCAGAGCAGGCCCUCCCUGCAAGGGUUUUUCCCAGACCCUCAGACCACCACAGAUGUUUCCCUGUCCCCUGGCCUGGCCACCGGCGGUCUGUGCAUCCCCACACCACUCCAGCUCCCUCCACGCAAGCCCUCUGCCACCACCAGCAGACCUACAGCCCAAACAAAGCUGGAGGAUGUGGAAGACUCAGGGAGUAAACUGGUGCCACAGUGGAUCCACAACAUGCCCCCGACUCCAGACACACCAACCAGUCACUCCUGUCACGUGUUCCUCGAGAAUGAAGGUCCCCCGGCAAAAACAGAAGUCUUGCCGAUCCCAGAGUGUGUCCUGACUCCCGACUCCACCAGCACAUCUCCACAGAGUCUGAACGACUUUUCCGAUGAUGAGGUGUCAAUGACCUUCACAUUUGACACUCCAGACAAAGACAAUGAUUCAAAAAACAGCCUCGUUUCCAAACUUGCUCACUGUUCCAAGCAGGAGGAUACUUCUGAGAACAGUCAGUUGUACUACAGCAAACACGAGGCUAUGAUGAGCAAGCAGGACUCAUGUGUUGUUGAUCCCACCUGCAACCCCUCAAAAAAGCUAUCCGUUAAGAUGGGGACAGCUUUGGAUGAAGUCACAUGGAAUGACAUUGAGAACACUGUCACAAAUCUUGUCAAGGCGAUGGACCCCAACAUGCUCCAGACCAUCUACACGGCCGUGGAUAUGAGCAGUCUCUCACCCAUCCAGGAAGAUGAACUAGACUCCUCCACCAAAGACAAGGAGUCUGCAGAGAGGAAGCCCCCAAGUGAAUCAUCCUCCACACGUAACUGGCUCCCUGCCCCACAUAGACGAGAGCACGAAAGUCCGCGAGCUCGCGUCCCGUCCAUGAGUGAUCUGUCACGCUUGCAGGCAGCAGCCUCCAUGCCUGAUGACACCAGCUUCUUUGAGGAGUUGUUGGAAGGUACAGCACCCGACAUAGACAAGGCAACACAUGGCCAACAGUUCCAUGGCAGAGGAGGAAGCAACAAUUCUAGCCAUUGCUGGGAUGACAAGGAUUCAAAGUGAUUCAGUCUCGAGUUCCAGUGAAUUAGUAGAAACAACGUAUAGGGCCCUGCUGGUCAGGCCCACUAUCAUCACAACCAUGGCUGGACCAUGUGGAUCAAUCACAGUACAAAUAUAUUGUGUCAAGUUCAAUGUCUAUUGUAUGUGACAAAUGAUUUUGUCUAUGAUUUGUAAAUUGUAUCAUUGAGUACAGAUGCUAUGUUAGAUUUUUGAGAUGUUCAUCAUGUUGGUACAAGUUUUGAUGGUAGUGUUACAUACUGAAAGGUAUUGUUAUCACAAUACAAGUAUGUGCCAAGCAUAAAAGUCAACACCAUUUGGAUAAUAAAGUUACUGUAGGACUUAAGCACUAGCAGUACUCAUACAUGCAGCCGCCAUGACCAGUGCCACUAACCAAGUGAAACUUAAUGGGUGCUAAACCACAAAAAUUCAACAAAGGUGCAAAGUUUUAAUCUCUGUUGUAUUCAUGCAUUUUGACAUUUUGGUUUAUUAAAUCAUAUAUCAACUCCUGUACUUGUGCAUCAGAGCAACUUGGUGUCAUCUGGCACCCUUAGAGUGCUACAGGUUGAAUAACAUUUCUACUUACACAAAUUCACGGUACCUGGAAGUAUCUGCACAGGUGUCCCAGUAGCACCAUUAACUUUAAGUGACUGAUGUAACUAUACCCUUUGGUUGUGAAAACUGUAAUCCUUUCUGUAUCAAGGAAACUUGUAUUGUACUAAUGUUUGCAUUCCAAGUAUGUCAUUGUGCUGUUAUUUUUGUACAAAAUUUCAGAUUCUAUAUUGUUCUAUGUUUUAGGCAGAGCCUAAUGAUUAGUUGAAAAUUGGAAAUUUUACUUUGGGCUGGGUCCCAUGGCUAUAGUUGUAUUUUGUACUUGUCAAGGUAAACCCUGGGGAGUUGGGGCUGAAUAUGGCUGCAAGGAAUGCUAUAUCCAAUGUAGGUCUGUGCCAACAUAUGGGAAAACAAGAGUUGAUAGGCCAAGACUACCAAAUGUUAUUAAACAUUCAACUACUGCUCAAAAUCCCCUCAGGAUUCACAUUGAUAUGUGCAUUAUAGACAUCCUGUAAAGAUAUGACAUUUCUAAUAUCUGUGCAAGUCUUGUAAAUGUGUAUGAGGUAAUCAUGAGAUUGGAAGAGAAUUAUAUACUAUAAUCUGUAUAGAAAAACAUGGAUGUUUCAGUAAAUGUAAGUAUCUGUGAAGCAAAAUUUAAUAUAUUUUGAUACCAAAUCUUCAAUACCUUCCAAAGGUUAUUUUGUGUAAGUCAUAAUGUCAUGGUGCUGUGGUGAGAUAUUAGUAUAUUGUGACAGUAAGGCCAAAUUAAGUGUAAUUUGCUGUAUGAUAUGACAUGACAAGGAUUUUGGUUGGCCCAGAAUAUCAACUCUUUCUGUAGACGGUCUAGAAGUGAGCUCUGACAAGGCAUGGAUAAUGACUGUGAAUGCUAGCAUGGUGAUUUUAUCAUGUAGAUAAAGUAGGCUGCACAGACUAUACCAAUUGUUUCUUUGGUUCUCUUGGCUUUUACACAUACAAAUUAUGUAGAAGUGCUUGAAAAUAAGUCCUAAAAAAGGGGAAAAAAAGUAAAUGUAUCUUGUACCUUUUGAUAUACAACAUGACAUCUUACAUCUGGCCUGUUUUUAUCAUUUUUAACAUUUGUGUGAGAACCAAGAAAUGUAAUUGGUCCAUCAAUAUCAAGACAACAUGGCACUACUGAGUAUUAGAGCUCGUGCUUGUUGCCUACUAGGCCAGGAUAUUUGACUUGCUGUUGAGAAGCAAAGUUGAAAAAGACAAAGCACGGUAUGCCACCUGUGAAAUUAAGUAAGUUACUGACAUGACUUAAGAAGUUCUUAGAAGUUAGUAAGACUUUGGUACACACUACACAAGACAGUACUGACUAGUGGUGAAUAUUGUUAUACUGAAGACAUUUGUACAUUUGUAAGGCUAAAAUGCUGGUAUGCCCUGUGUUACAGUAAGGGCUGUACAGUCUCUGACUUAAUGAGAAGCCAGGAAGCCUGGUUCUUACCAUGACAGGCUAACAACAUACAUUCCAGACUUCUGUACAAUCUCUACAUGGAAGAAAUAAAACUUGUCAACUUGGUA